UGUGAUGGAGAGCUUUGUUGUGUUAUUGAACACAGUUUUACAAAUUCUUUGGCGUUGAAAUUGAUCAACGACCGAGCAACGAGUUUACAUAUUAUUUAUAUACUGUAGAAAACAAUAACACGUUUAUUUGUACUCAUAAUUAUCCGAAGUUGAAAUAACAAAUGAAACCAAAGCAGUGCUUUGUAGAAAAGUUGUUUUGCUUCACAUCAACAAAUGGGAAACUAUCACGAUAAACGACUCAACACACAAAGAUAAGCCUGACACUUUAAACUUUAAAUAACCCUAUACAACACGAGGAUAUCGGGUCAACAUUGCAGUAUAUUUAAAGGCACAAAAAGCUCGCGCAAUUUCCCUGGAUUUUUGAGUUAAAUUGAACUGGUUCAAACAGUCACAUUGUAUUUUUAUAUCACUUGGUUAUCAAAGAAAACAGUGAAAAUAUAGUUUGGUAUAUCAACACAUAAUCUGCCGACAAUUAAAGAAAUUUUCAAAAUAAACAUGGAUGCGAACAGAAACAAAAUGAAUGGAGAAUUUUUUAUUCCGCUAGAUGGAAGAACUUAUCAGAAAUAGGAAAGACACGGUUAAGACGCCAUUAUGAAUGGACAAAAUUUACCUCUAGUGAAAUUCACAGCUCCAAGUAUUCGAAGGAGCAACGUAAGUGGGCCAACAUUGCAGAAAUUCCUCUCCGUAUCGCCUGCAGAGACACCGGACAACAUGAGUGCUUAUUCCGGUGGUAGUGCAGACUUCAUAGGUGAACCACCAAAUUUUUGGUCAGUUCUUGGUUAUUCAUUGUUAGCUACGUUGAUCUGUUUUCCUAUUGGAUGUUUUGCAUUAAGAAAUGCGUACCAUGUUAAACAAUGUUUAAAAAGUGGUCACAAAGCACGAGCAGCUAGACAUAAAGAAUACGCACGAAGUCUUUUUGUAGUUUCAUCGGUUGUUGGUGCAAUCAUGUGGAGUAUCUUCAUCAUUGUUCUUGUUAUUCAUCUAGCCAUUUUAAAGAAAGACGGUGACCCAGGGAAUGUUGCAUAACGGAUCUUAUAUUUGAAUAUUAGUCAUUAUUAGUAUGUCGCUUGAGACAGGAGUUACAUACAGUUGAGGUUUCAGAGAUAAUACAAAGUACGAAAGUUUAUUUUCUAGAGAGCUGAGUGCUCAUCAUGUGGUGACCAAAGUUAAUAGAUUAGCCGUUAUUACGAUAUCCAUCAUGAGUUUCGGAGAUAUUCGUGGUACUGAGCCCACUUUUGAAUGGAACGAACUUACUGCACGAUGAUGGGCAGUUGAUUUUGUCUCAAGUGAUAGACAGCAUGAUUCAUAUAUGCAUGAUCCAGAAUAUGACAAUUUUUUACAAAAGA